GUUACAGCACUAUCCUACAGUAUUGCUGUCAUGUUCUGGCUCAUGAAAGUCCUCUCAGCUCUCUUAUGUUUGCUGUUACCUCUCCUAAAUGCAAGCGUGCCAACAGUUUGUCAACCAGGUCAGUUCCGCAAUUACAAUACAAAUAAAUGUGAGCCCUGUCCAGUCAAUCAAUACCGUUCUAAAAGUGGAACAGACAUUUCCUGUGAUAUCUGCAGCACAUGUAAAAAAGGUAGUGAGAUCAUCAGAAUGUGCACAAAAACAGAAGACACUCUCUGCAGCUGUAAGAGUGGUUUUAUGCCCAAGGAUGUGCUAAAGCAAGAGAUUUGCUUUUGUGACAAGGGUUAUGGACUGAAUGAUGAAGGAGACAAAUGCGAGAACUGUAGCAAUGGAUAUUUCACAGAUAAAAUUGACUCGAUUUGUCGAAAAUGGAAAGAAUGUAAAAGUGGCUUUAAGGUUCCAGGCAGCAGAACCUCUGAUGCUGUCUGCAAAAAUACAUCGGAGGGGUUGACAGAAGCUCCCACAGCCACUUCCAAAUCCUCUUUUCAGAUGACCAUCAUAUCUUCUACUACCUCUUCAACCACUACAACUUCCCUUCCCAAGAACAGACAGAAUAUCUUGUUUCCGGUCUUGAUAUGCGUUGGUAUUCUACUGCUGACUGGACUCCUGUGCAUGUGGAAAGUUACCCACUGCAUUCAUAACAACAAGAAAGAGGCUACUCGACAAGAAAGUGUAUGCAAAAAGCCUGUUGAAGAGUCUGGGGAGAAGUCCCUCUCCUUGCUUGUCUAACAAAGUCUUUAACAAUCUACAACAGUCUACAAUGUUUGGUUUUGUGCAGUAUUUUGGGUAGCACUUUACAUCAUUGUUCCCUUUGUUAAGGGUUAAUGGGUUUAUGAAUGACAUAUAAUUCAUUUAAAAAUCCAUUAUAGACCAUCGAUAUGCAGUUAUAACAACAUGCAUAAAAAGGGUGCCUUUCAUGCAAUACCUGCCAAAUAUUGAGCCCUUUUACCUCACUUGGUAUAAAUGCUUAGUGGUAUUAGUAAUAGUAGUCGUUAUAUAACUGACAUUUCUGGCCAACUUAAAGACAGUAAAUGCGCAUUGUAAUUGUGAUUUUACCUUACAUUGUAGGAGAAGGCUUUUGGAUUUCUGAUUUUCUUUCUAAUUAUUUUUAUUAUUGUUGGUUAUAUUUUCAACAAGUUUCAGUGAAUGUUAUGUUGAAUAUGUUUUUAAUGUAAAUACAGUCAAUGAGAAAUGUAGCUUACAUUAGUGCUUGAUUCAUUUCCAUUUGAAUUCAGAUGACUCGUAAAAUGAUUGUCACGAAUUGAUUUCAAUUCAUUACUUGGAAGUCAACGUAGUAGUCUGCUGAUUAGUUAAUCUGAAUCGUUAACUUGACAUUUAUCAAGUUGGCGCUGCAGUCGAUAGAUGUAGGUAGAACGAUGAAUGCUGUGACCUUAUAGUCAUUUCCACUGUGCCACAGUUGUUUUCCACAGACAUGUCCUGUGGUGACUUUACCUGAGAGAAAUACUGUAUGACUAAUUAUUGUUACAAGUUUCCCAUAUUUAGGUGGGCUAAGGACAACUUCUGAGAAUCUUUCCUUUUGUUUGCUUGUUUGUUUUUAUUGCCUAAUUAUGAGGGUAACAUUUUGUU